AUGGGAGCGACAAACAAUUAUGUUGACAUCCCAUUUACAAAUGAAAAUGAUGAUGUGGAAUUUUAUGAUGAGGACGAAAUUAAUGAGAUGCAUUAUGAUGAUGAACCUCCAACAAAUAAGGUUUCUUCAGAUGAUGGUGAGCAUAUUAUGCCUUCCCCAAUGUUCAAACAAUUGAAUUGGGAUGCAAUAAAUAGCAUGACUGCUGAGCCUUUCACACCACGUACCGGAUUGUGGAAUGAAUCCAAUGAGUUGUUUAAAGGAUUGAGAUUUGAGAGUAAAGAAGACUUGCAAUAUGCUGUAAAACGUUAUGCAAUAUGUCGGAAUCAACAUUUGGUGGUUUGUGAAUCAGAACCACAAUUGUGGGCAGUGAGAUGUAAGAAGUGGCAGGAAGGAUGUAAUUGGAGGCUUCGUGCAUGUCGUCGUAAAAGCCAUGGAAUGUUUGAGAUAACCAAGUACGCAGGUCCUCAUACUUGUGUUUACCCUAAAUUAUCACAAGACCACUCUCAAUUGGACUCUACAUUGAUUGCAAGAGAGAUCCAAAAUGUAGUUCAGAGGGAUCACACUACCUCUAUUGCUACAUUACACCAGAUAGUGAAGGAUAAAUUUGGAUAUGAUGUCCAUUAUAGGAGAAUUUGGGAAGCUAAGAGAAAAGCAAUGCUUAGAGUUUUUGGUGAUUGGGAUGAAUCUUAUCAAGCAUUGCCGAAGUGGAUGAACAUCCUUCAGCUAACUAAUCCUGGAACAAAGGUUGUUUGGAAGACAAUACCUUUAGGAGGGAUUUCUGGGAACGUGCGGUUUAUGCGUGUUUUUUGGGCAUUUGGGGCAAGUGUUGAAGGGUUCAAGCAUUGCAGACCAAUUAUACAAAUUGAUGGUACAUUCCUAUAUGGAAAAUACAUGGGGAAGCUUUUAAUUGCUACUUCAAUUGAUGGAAAUGGUCAUGUAUUCCCCUUGCGUUUGCAAUUGUUGAGGAAGAAUCACAGGAUAGUUGGUCUUGGAAUAAAUGCUGCUGUUAGAAAUCCAUUAGUUGGAUGGAGCCCCCCUCAUGCGCAACAUCGAUACUGUCUUAGGCAUGUAGUGAGCAAUUUUAAUGACAAAUUUAAGAAUAAGGUCUUAAAAGAGUUGGCGUAUAGAGCUGGAUGUCAACAUCAACCGCGGAAGUAUGAGAGAUACAUGGAGGAGUUAAAACGAUUGGAUGAAAAAAGUGUGGCUUGGUUUUCAAAGUUAGACACUCAAAAGUGGACUCAAGCAUAUGAUCUAGGAUAUCGGUAUGGGUGGAUGACCACAAAUAUUGCUGAGUGCAUUAAUGGGGUGCUUAAGGGAGCGCGAAUGUUACCUAUCACUGCACUUGUUCAAUUAACUUUUUAUCGAUGUGUGUCAUACUUUGAGACUCGUAGAGCAGAGAUACGUGCUAGAAUGGCAGUUGGAGAUGUGUACACUGCAUAUGCAAUUGAAAAAUUUAGAAGAGCCGAGGCCAAAGCUAGUGGACACACUGUCACCAUUUUCCAUCGAAUUCAUGAAACAUUUGAAGUAAUUACAGCUCUCCAUGGGUUUCAUAUGGAUAAAGGACGUAACAAACAAGUGGUUAAGCUUAAUGAAGGUACAUGUAGUUGUAAUAAGUGGCAAUCAUUUGGCAUUCCAUGCUCACAUGUGCUAGCUGUUUCUGCUCAUAUGAGGAUUGAUAGUUGGCAAUUAGUUGAAAAAUACUAUAGGCUGGAUGCCUAUGCCAGUUGUUACGCUCCUGAAUUUCAUCCCAUUCCUCAUGAAUCUUAUUGGCCAUAUCCUGAUUUUCCUAUUCUCCACCCUGACCCAACUUCAAUGAGGGAUAAGGGGCGUCCUAGAUCAUCAAGGAUAAGGAAUGAAAUGGAUUUGAAGGAACCAAGCGUUAGGAUUCGAUGUGGUUUAUGUAAAAUAGCGGGCCAUAAUCGUCGCAAUUGUCCCACAAAAGAUGGAGGGCAAUCCUCCAACCCCCUUCCUCAUGACAAUUAA